AUGCCUCAAACUUUUACUUCGAUCGUGAAGAUGAGCGACUUCAUUUUGAAGUCGCCAGCUUUGUCUAAGGUGGUUGUUCCAGUUGCUCAGCAAUUCGUUAAAUACGCUGGUUACAGACAACUUGGUUUGAGAUAUGACGACCUCAUUUCUGAAGAGAAUGAUAUUGCGCAGACGGCAUUGAAGAGACUGCCAGAAGAUGAAUCCUAUGCCAGAAUUUUCAGAAUCAUCAGAGCUCAUCAAUACGAGCUUACACACCACCUUUUGCCCAAGGACAAGUGGGUGACCCCAGAAGAGGACCGUCCUUACAUCUUCCCCUACCUACUAGAAGCUGAAGCCGCUGCUAAGGAGAAAGAAGAUUUGGACAAUUUGGAAUUGGUCAAAUAA